CCAGGGCCAGAACUGUGUCCUGACUGCUCUCAGCCGCACCAUGGAUCCUCGCCUCCUCCUGCCCCUGCUGCUGCUGGCUGUCCUCGGCCUCCACACCCAGGGCUCUGAACCUGCAGCCGACUGCUGCCUGAAGCUUGGCCUGAAGGCCAUCCCGAACCGGAUCGUGAAGUCCUACCGCAUCCAGACCCCCGAGUCUGGGUGCUCUGUCCGGGCUGUGGUGUUCACCACCUACAAGGACAAGAAUCUGUGCGCCCCUCCGGACGCACCCUGGGUCACUGGCCUGAUGAAGAAGCUGGAUGGGAAGCUGCAGCCCCUUCGCCAGCUCAGGAAGCAGAAGUGGGGCAACAAGUCCCGGGGGAAGCAGAACAGGGCGUGAGAGGACACUUCCCCCCGCCCCACAGAGCCAGGCCGGCAGUGAACGUCUGUGACCUGUGCCACAUCCUCUGCCUGAUCUCUGCCUGCCCCGCGCCACGACUGCAUCUCCCCCCGUGUCCUGAAGCCUCCUGCACCUGCCCCCAGAUCUCCCGCUCAAAGCCCCCAGACCCUCUGCGUUGCACACCCAGGACGGAGGCAGCGCCGUGGAGGCAUGGGCAUCCCCAGUCCAGCGUGGCAUCUGACCCUGGCAAGACGGGCUCCGAUCCCUGCAGACAGGCCCCGGUGGGGCUGAACCAGGCACCUUCCCGCUUGCCGCGGGGUUCGUGAGCGCAGGGUCCUUGUGGCGGACACUUAGCACCAGGUCCUCGCCGAGCGCUCCGGGGCUACUGGCCCCCUUUGACGCCCUGCCCAGCCCAGCACGGGGUUGCAAAGUCUUCGAUCAGGCUGGAAGACCUGCAGCCAGCGGGAGCAAGGACCACGCGGGGAGUCAUCAGCCCCGGGCCGGGGGACCAGGCUGUGCUACCCUCCGAGCCAUGGCUGUCGGAGCCGGGAGCCGGGACCAGGUGUCUGUGCAGCUCCCAGCACCAAACGCCUCCUCGCUGCCUUGCUCCCAGGUCACUGCCUCUCCCAGGACUGUUUGCAAACCUGUUUGAGACUGUGAAGCUGCUGCCAUGCCCCGAGCUCCCCGGAGCCGCCCGCUGCGGCCCGGCCCGCGCUCUGCCUGCAGGGUUCAGCCAAUAAACGGG